GGUUGAUUGGCUAUUGUUCCCGUCCAACGAUGGGUUUGUGAAACUACUGAGCUUCGGUGUUGGUUAUGCAUUCUUUCUUUGAGCGUCCCACGAGGAACUGCUUUGCAUGUAGUCCCAUGCAUUUCUCCACUGGCAAUUUUUGAGCCGUAUUGCUGAAGUUCUUAUCGUACCUGGAAGUUGAAAUUCCAAGAUUGUCCUUGCAUUAAGUCGUAGACAUUGCUUAAAAGUGUCCAGCAACUUCUAAACCCUGCAAUCGAACUGAACCACUUGCGAGCUGUCGGUGGAAUUCUUGAGAGAGAUGGCUCCGUCUUCUCCGGCUAACGACUGCGACGUCACGCCGCCCAGCGGGACAGGCAAAGGCAAGUCUCGGCGGCCCAACUACCGGCGGAGAAUCAAGUCCCCUUACUCCUUCGCAGAACUCAUCGCCAUGGCAAUAAAGGAAUCUGAGACCGGUAAGAUGACCCUGAAAGAGAUUCAGCGUCACAUGUCGGCCUCCUACGAAUGUUUCCGGGGGUCUUACGACGGUUGGAAGAACAGCGUCCGUCACAACUUAUCCACUUCCUCCUGCUUCGUCAAAGUGCUCAAGAACAAGACGAAACCAAACGGCAAGGACAACUUCUGGGCUCUAAACCCGGACUGCGCCCACUGCUCGACAUACAAGGCACGCUACCCCGUUCAGAAGUACGGGGCCCCACGAGACUCUGAUGCUGAACCGCAGACCAUACCCCCGUCCGUCAGUGCUCCAGGAGUUGUCAGCUCAGCGGUGCACAGUGGUAACAGCACCGACACGGCAACGUGUCCGACUACCGGGCCGGACCCUCUUUCUAACGUCACCGGAGAUGUCGCGGCGGGUAGCCACACCGGAGCCGCUGUCAGUAAGCGCCGGCCCUGUUCUCCGCUACCCACCAACUUGAAGCUCUCGACGGCCGACCCGUCUGACUGCACUGCGUCUACCGCUAGUCAUCCCAGUGACGAGUGGAAUAUCUCCGUCAGUGACCUGUACAUACCAGAUGGGGACAUCGACCUCUCCCUCUACAACGACGACGCCUGGAUGCGCGGUGGAAGCGAAACCCGCCAGAUUCCCCAACCACCAGCGGGAAACUUCCACCCAGAGCACCGUCGGGCCCCGCCUACCUGCGCGGGAAAUGUCAUCGAUGCACCGUAUCACGCCUUGCCUUUGGAGAGCGCCUACUCGCAGUCCGCACCUCCAGCCCAGCCAGCCAAGUUCAGGAUUAAAUCCGAAUACUUGACAACCAGUCGGUAUCAUCCAUACGACGCCCGCCAGAACAUUGCCAGUUUACAGAGUCAAUAUUACAGUGACUACUUCAUCAACUACUCGUGCCGCCACGCCGUCUCCAGACGCGGCUUUCAUGGUUAUCCCAGGCUGGCAAGUGCCGAUGAGUCCCGGACUGUGCCGGGCUCCCUCCACGGCGACUCCGUGCUUGGGUCGGCCAUUCGGAGCAGUCUGGGCUUGGACCUGGACGAGAUGGCUCUCUGCGCGAUUGAGCAUUCAGUCAGAGUCCUCGAUGUGACCCGGCCAGGUGACCUCUUGAGUGCUUAGGCCUUCUCUCGUAUACAUGACCCGAGAGAACUUUAGGAAAAAUACUCCCAAAACUCUGAAAUCCUCUGGAUUAUGCAUCAGCCAACUUAUCAUUACACAGUUCAUAUUUUUUCAAGUGUUCUGUGUAAUUAAUUUUUGCUUGCAAGAAACUCAACUUGGGUCUUGUUCCAGUACAUAGCUUAAGUGCGGGGAGUUUCCUUCGGGCCCAUCUCUCAGUUAAUGGCCUUGUCAUUUUCAGAAAUUCACACUGUACAAUAUUCUCAAAUCUGAAAUCCACCACUCUUCGAUGCCAUCGCUCUUUCCAUAGUGGUACAUGUACUUCUUAAUGUUCUCUUUCGUAACAUUAUUUUUACUGCGUUAAUGUUUAGUAAAUUUGUACACCCCACACUUUGCAAUAAUGGACCCACAACACUGCUAAGCUGCAGUUUUAUCUAACACCCAUAAGCGUGGUUAAAUUAAGUGCCUACUCAUCAUCCUAUCUAUUAUUAAUAUGCUACACUUCUUUAUUUUGCCUACCAGUCUGAAAACGAUACUGUCUUACUCUUGAUAAGUAUAUGUACAUUUGUAAAUUUUAUGUUAAAUCAGAAAAAAAUCCUCAGUUUUUAGAUACUUGUUAUACAUAAUGUGUUUUCAGAUUGAUAAAAUAUUUUUGUUUUAGGGAGCUUACACAAGAGGUCGCCACGGUUUGGUAGCAACAGUUACUGCGAUUUGGCCACACUG